AUGCCCCCUCCUGGGCCCUCCGCGGGUCCGCAGCCCCAGGUGCUCGCCCCGGGCUCUCCGCCCAGGGUGCCCGGCCCUGCGCGUCACACGGAGGGCCAAGGUGAGCACCCGGCCGCGCUGCGGAAGAGCCAGGCCCGGGCCUCCUCGCGCCGCCCUCAGAGCCCCACUGCCGAGUGUGCACCCGAAAACAAUACGCGCAGGGCCCGACCUGAGGGAGCUAGGACCCGCCGGGAGCCCCAGUGUGCGGGAGCCCGGGGCAGGACGCGCCGGUUCGGGCACGGCUCGGGCACUCGCGUCCCCAUCCCUUGGGGCGGCUCUGCCCGCCUGGCCCGGCCCGGCCCACCCCGGUCCCGCAGGCCCGCGGGACUCACCUGCAAAGCCCGCCCCAGAUCCCCGCGCCCGCGCCCGCGCCGGGCACAAUGCGGGGCCGCUGGGGCCCUGGAGCUGAGAGCUCCAAAGCGAUCUCCGCGCUGCAGAGCUGAGCGCCCGACGGCGGCGGCGCAGAUGUGCCCCGCCGAGCUCUGGACCGCUCGCCGGCAGCCAAUGGGAGCUGCCAGGGAGCCUCCACCGGAGGCCGUGGGGGCGGGGCCGCGGGAGCCCGUGGGAAACCACGCUCCGAUUGGGCCGCCUGACAAUCGCUCCGCCUCCGGCCAGCCAAUCAGAGGUGAGGGACACGGGAGCGGGGCGUUCGGAGUUGAGCUGGAGAGUCACAACAGCCCCACGCUGGGUACCCGCGCUGCAUCUCGGCCCGCGUCCGCGGCUGGAAGGAUGCUAACGCCGCGCGCUCCGCAGGAAGCUAUCGGGGCUCCGGCGCCGCGGCCUCGGGAGACGGCGGGCAGACAGCGGAGGCGCGGGAGGCCGGGAACGCGAGGAGCCCCUAACAAAGCAGCGCGGGGAGGGCCGAGCGCCUUCGCCUCCUCCUGCCAUAGGCCCGCGAAGCUGCCCGUCACCGCUCCGAGGUGGAGGUGGCCAAUGGCGUGCGCUGCGGGAGCUCUAGUUGGGCGCGCGCGGCGCGGCGUGGGCGGGAUUGGUCGGAGGUGAAGGGUUUUUCUGCCACCUCAGGCGGAGGGGCAGGGGCAACCGAACGGGGCAGGCAAGGAGCCAGAAACCACACCUGCCACACGUGGUGCGGCUAGCUGGAAGGUGACACGGGAACUUGUAGAAGAGGAAAGAAAACCUAACGCAGUCCCUUGGCGUGGAUGCCCCAGGAGGUUAGAGAGGUUCCACUUGGGGACACGGCGGCUUUUCCCCGAGUCUCCGGGAUCCUGGCUCCCCGCACGUGCAUCUCGAUUCACCCCCAGCCAAGCCCGGCACUGGACCAGGUCUUCAGAUCCCAGCGUGGCUGGCAGUGCACCCGCGCAGUAGGGCACGCGGGCUUAGACCCUGGGGAGCCUCCCGUGUUACAGGGUGCUGAAGCUGCAAGUUCAUCACGUUCCCUACCAGCGCGGCGCUCCUCGGAGCUAGAAUCUUAUCUUCACUGCUGUAUCUGAGUACUUGGCACAUUUUGCUCAAAACGCUUUAAAAUAUGUAAAGGAUUACAGAGGAGCUAAAUUGCAUGCAAGAGCUUUAAAGGUUUGCAGUGCUGCUGAACGCUGUGGCCCAUGCCUGUAGCCCCAGCUCCUUGGAAAGCUGAGGCAGGAGGAUUCCAAGUUCCUGACCAGCCUAACAUCUUAGCGAGACCCUGUCUAAAAAUAUAAAUAGCUGAGAAUGUAGCUCAUGGCUACAGCACCCUGGGUUCAAUCAACAAAAGAUUUGAAGUGCCUCUAAAAGGUCAGUUAAAGGAGAAUGUUUAGGAUCAUGGCUGUCAAUGUGAUUUGUUCUCUUGGCUCCAUGACAGCUGUCCCGAGGGCCUUUCUGGGUCAAAUUCAAAAGCUUUUUCAGAAGAUACCCCUUCCAAAACCAGUGUUGCCUCAGCCAGUAUCCUGCACAAGCUUCUCAAUGAAGAAUCAUUCCUUCAUAAAGCUCCUCAUUCAGGGGGAAGAGCAAUUUCUUGGCUUUUUUCGAACCACCAUCUUGGAAAAUGUGUGUGUGUUUGGGUGUGCACACAUAAAUGAAAUGAGUACAUUUGGAAA